AGAGGAUUGGUGUUCCCAACGUGAUGUUCCUGUACGCCACCAUAAGCUUCAUCCUGCUGGUCUUCGUCAUCCUCUUCAUCCCAGAGACUCAGGGACGCACACUGGAACAGAUCUCUAAAGAACUGGCCAAGAAAAAGCAGCUGAAGGUGAGGUUCUGGCGACGAGUGCAACCCCAGGAGACUCUCUUCACCAUUCACAGGACCCCUGAACUCUCAACUCUGAACCCUCACCCUCUCACCUAGCUGUCCACAGCAGAGGGAUGAAGAUCUGGGAGGAGAGAGGAAGUGCGAGAAAUGGAGAGGGAGGCCGAGAAAGGAGGAGGAGAGAGGUAGAAGAGGGAUGAUAGAAGGAGAACAACCAUAUGACUAUGAGAUCACUUUCUUCUCCCUCGCUCGCUCCCUUCCUCCUUCCCUCCUAUUGAGAGAGCAACCCUGAGGCUCCGAUGGAACUCUGAGAUCUGUCUGUCCUAUGAAUUGCUGACCUGUCUGUUUCUACCUGUCUGUCUGUUUAUACCUGUCUGUCUGUUUCUACCUGUCUGUCUGUUUCUACCUGUCUGUCUGUUUCUACCUGUUUGUAACAGAAUACACAAGAUUUGAUCUAAUAAGCAAUUUUCUGACCCCAAAUUUAUUCAAACAGGGACUGUUUCAAGUUAUGUUAAUGUUAAUGAAUUUACCCUGGGGGAAAAACACCUCCAUUCAUCCCAGUUUGAUAUUGGGACACAUGGUCUCGAGCUGGGUCAAAAUGUGUCAAAUUAUAUACCAUGUAUUUGACCCACUACCACUUUCACACAUGUAUCAAAUAAGGGGUUUUGUCUCUGUGUAAAUGGGGUUUAAGGUGCUGUUUCCACUGUUAUUCAGACCCCUUGACUUUUUCCACAUUUUGUUAGGUUACAGCCUUAUUCUGAAAUUGAUUAAAAUGUUUUUAGCCCUCUCAUCAAUCUAUGCACAAUACCCAUAAUAUCACAAUACCCCAU